CGCUAUUCUUAGUUUGAGCAAUGCAAAACAACCAAGAGGCGCUGGAUGCGCUCGUGGCCAAGGAACAAGUCGGCGCCAAGAAAGACGACGAGAAGGCGGAUCUCCACUUGACGUACCCGACAGGCGAGCAGGCUGUCGUGUUCGACAGCGAUGGCUGCGGCUUUUGCUACUACGAGACAGGUCGCGUCGCCGUGUGUGUGAGCAAGGUGAAUGCGAUUCAGCGCCGCCACACCUUUUACGAGAACAACCGACUCAAGCGCAUUUUGUGCUCGAUCGACGAACACGUCGUCGGCGCGGCGGGCAAGCCCCACGGCACCAAGCUCGUCUUGACCAAAGACGGCGCGAUCCUCUCGGACGGUCACAAUGACAUCGUCCACCAAUGGCGCUGGAACCCGCACGCGCAGAACGCGGGCACGCCGCCGACGGACCCGAUUGUGAUUGCACUCAACGAAACCAUGACGUUCAAAUACGUGGACCGCAAAAACGUGUCGGUGAAAUUCGUCAACUGCGGUGUGGCGCUCGAGUUCAACUGCGGCGAGAAGCUCAAGCGCGAAGACACAUACCUCGGGCACAGCCGCCGGAUCACGUCGGGGCCACUGCGGGGCAAGCUUUUGGUCGAUACGAGCUGUCCCAAUCUCGUGCAGCGACAAAAACACAUCGAAUUGGCGGCUCUGGAGAAGCGCAGCAAGCAGCAUCCACGAAGCGUCGACCUGCGCCAUCCGUCCAUCAAGGAGGUCGUCACGGGCCUCGAACGCAAGUUCGACGCCUACGAGGGGUGCAAGGUGACGCCGUACUGCAGCGGCCAUUGGCUCCAGGAUGCGCGUGAGCGAACGUUGGCCGAGUUGCCCGUGUUGCCGCCGACCGGGUUCGAAGUCGGGACCGAGCCGACCCUCUUUGGGCAGCCCAUGCAGGCGCACGAAACCAAACAUUUGCUCCAGAAGCUUCAAAACAAGGACGGUCAGUGGCUCGCGUCCCUUGAAAUUCGCCAAAAACUCGAGCACGCCAACCCCGUGCUGCCGCGCACCGCGGUGCUCUGCAAUGCGAGCGGUCGCUACAGCGUUGACAUUCAAGUGCCUGGAGGCAGCGCCGUGUCCAUGGGCCAGCGCCUGGAAGUCGUCUCGGCGGCGCAGCUGGACGAUUUUCUGGCCACCGACUGUGGCACCGACCAAAUCGUGCUCGUCGCGUGCUUGCGCGAAGACGACCGGCUCAGCCGCCACGCCGAGAAGGUCCUCGAGCUCGUGCACCAAGUACUUGGCGAGAAGCCGGACGCGCUCCAAAAGCACGCCUUCUCCCAGUCGCUCGUAGCCAACAUCACCAACCACAAGUAUCGUCUGGUCAAAGUCGACUUGGCCGAGUCACGAGCGCUCGCCAAGCGCUACCGGGUGCACGCCGCCCCGACCUUUCUCUUUUUCUUCGAGGGCAAGCUGGUCAGCGUCUCGAGUCUGGGGGGACAAGCCCUGCGCAUCGCGCCGACGACCAAGAACGCGAACCUCACGCACCUCAUGGACCAGCCGCCGCGGACGCUCUUGAUCCAGGCCAACGUCAAACUGCAUGUGGCCAAUGAAAAGAUCUUGCGGAAGGAGCAAUUCGAGUGGGACCUCGCGAUGAAUGGCGAGCAAGCCCUCUUGCGCUUUGCCAAGAUGAGCAAAGCCGCGGCGGUCAACAAUGUCGUGCCCAGCUACGACCUCGUCGUGCUCAGUGACGAUCUCAGCGAGGCCGAUGGGCGUCUCAUUGACCGGUUUCUUCGGUCGGGCGACGGCAAGAAGGGCAAAGCGACGAGCGACACCGUUGUCUGUCUCCUACUGACUGCACCUCAUGUCGAAAUCGCCUUCUCCACCAUGAUCUGCGAUCCUUGUCGCGUCGCCCAUGGCCGCCGCACAAGCGCCGCCGCCGAACUUUCCGGGGUGUGCCCCCACUGCGGCAUUGUCCCGAAGAAGCUUGUGGCCGAGUUGGUGCCGUCGUCCCUCGCCAGCAUGGCACACAUCGUCGUCUACAAGCACCUUCGGGCGCCAACGCUGCACCGUCUCGCAGAGUCUUGGCGAGAUCGCGUACUUCGGCGCAAGUCCGAGCAACUGCAUCGCGGACCCGAGGUCGAAGCGCACUUGGGCUUUACGCAGGAAGCGUUCUUUCGAGAAAUGGACCUCGCGCUUCAAAACGGACGCCAAGGUCACUUUCUCUCCAAGUCGCACAUCCCUGACAUGGCACUGAGCGCCAACGAGACCUAUGUCGGUGCCACCCACCUCACCAAACCUCCGCAUUCCGCAUAA